AUUUCAAUUACAAGCUACCUAGUGACACAGAUUCAAGAUGGUCAUCAAGUGAAGGAUGGUAGAUUUCUGUUCAAAAAAGAAAAUGGCUCUUGCCAUUUUCUUAUUAUUUAGUAUUUCUGUAGUGAUACUCAUGGUAGAAAGUGCUUGGCCCACACGCCAUAAAAUCCAAGAAGUGAAAUAUUUAUCCCAUCUUGUGCCAUUGAACAAAUCAUGUCCUUCAAAAAAGGCGAAGGCUAUAUCGGACUGUGAGAGGUGUAGUAAAGAUGAGCUGAGAAAAUUACAACCUGAGUGUCAGGAAACAGGUUUUAAGCAGAAGAUACAAUGUGAUAACAAGGAGACAUUUUAUCAAAACUGUGAGAUUACCCCUUACAUAGAUGAGAGAAACUUUUGGAUAUUCCAAGUAGUGACAUUUACACUAUUUGCUGCGUCAUACUCCAUGGUUCGCGUGAGACAGAAAAAGCUAGACGGACUAUUGAUGGACAAAAUCAACAGACAAAUAGCAUCUGGUAUCUGAGAGUCGAACAAUUAUACAAAGAUUCAAUGUUCUGAAAUUAAACUUUAUUAUUGAAGCAUUUAGGAUGUCCUAUUUUUGUGAUAAUUUAUUUAAGUUUAAGGCAAAUUUUCAAUAGCUGUGUUUGGCCAAACUUUUGUGUAGUUGUGUAAGGUCCUUCUCUGUUUAGAUGUUUAAGACAAUUCUGUGUGUAGCUGUAUAAGGCCAAUCUCCAUGUAGCUGUGUAAGGCCAAUCUGUAUGUAGCUGUGUAAGGCCAAUCUGUGUGUAGCUGUGUAAGGCCAAUCUGUGUGUAAGGCCAGUUUGUGUGUAGUUGUGUAAGGUCCUUCUCUGUUUAGAUGUUUAAGACAAUUCUGUGUGUAGCUGUAUAAGGCCAAUCUCCAUGUAGCUGUGUAAGGCCAAUCCGUGUGCAGCUGUGUAAGGCCAGUUUGUGUGUAGUUGUGUAAGGUCCUUCUCUCUUUAGAUGUUUAAGACAAUUCUGUAUGUAGCUGUAUAAGACCAAUCUCUUGUAGCCUUGUAAGGCUAAUCUCCAUGUAGCUGUGUAAGGCCAAUCUGUGUGUAAGGCUAAUUUGUGUGUAGCUGUGUAAGGCCAAUCUCCAUGUAGCUGUGUAUUAAAGACCAAUCUGUGUGUAUGGCCAACUGUAUAGCCAUGUGUUGCUAAUCUUGUAGCCAGUCUGAACUAGACAGAAAAACAAGGUGUAAAAUGCUAUGUAUUUGUUCCUACCAGCACAUGCAUUCCUAUUUCAGUGCGUGGUAAAAGUAUUUUGUUUUGAACUUGUUUUACAUUUAUCAUUUGUUUAAGGAUCAUAUUUAUAAAGAUGCAUAAUCUUACAACAUAGAGUUCAACAUAUGUGUAGGUAUUUAGAGGUAGUUGUCGAAGUCAUUGUUAGUUUGUGUCGCAACAAGAAUGUGGACAAGAGAUUUUUUGUUCAGACUUUAUUUUGAACAAUUUGUAACAUACAGUGCUUGAAAUUUUUAAUUAGGACCUGAUGAUUAAUUACUAUUUAACAUUAAAACCUGGAAGUGGAAGACUGUAAUUUCCUCAUGAUAAUCAGGAAAUAUACCACAAUGAAAUUUUUUUUUUUAGGAUUUUGUUGUUAUGUGCAAGUGGAGAGAGAGACAAUGAGAGAGAGAGAGAGAGACACACACACAAUGAGAGAGACACACAAUGAGAGAGAGAGAGACUUGUUAAUUGAUGGGGAAAUCAUCAGUGUUUUAUGAUAUUGUGCAGACUUUUUAUCUGAUUAAAUAUGAAUUACAAA